GUGUCAUCUGGAUCUUCCGGUCUCAUUUGAGAAACACCACAGUGAAGGAGAGCUGUGUUCUGCGUCUUCUCGACCAUCAUGUCUUACACGACCGGGACUUACAUGGCCAAGUCCUACGCGGACAAAGCCCACCCGGACAAAACCUAUGGGGGCAGUAUGUACACGGGCUAUCCUGCUGAGAAGUCUGCAGAGGAGAUAUACCAGGAGCAGCUCAAGGUCGAGAAGAGGAAGAGACGGGAGUCCAUGUGCUGUGAGGUGGUGGCGCUGGUCAUCGGGUUUUUCGGAUUGAUCGGCGUCGCCGCCGUUACGGGCCUCCCGAUGUGGAAGGUGACGGCGUUCAUCCAGGAGAACAUCAUUGUGAUGGAGACGCGUUGGGAGGGCUUGUGGAUGAACUGCUACCGGCAAGCCAACAUCCGUAUGCAAUGCAAGGUCUACGAUUCUUUGCUGUUCCUGCCGGCCGAUCUCCAGGCGGCCAGGGGCCUCAUGUGCGCCUCCGUAGCUUUGUCCGCCUUCGCCUGCAUCGUGUCAUCCGUAGGAAUGCGCUGUACCCGUCUGGUGGACUCCCGUCCCAAGACCAAGCACAUCGUUCUGGUGAGUGGAGGGUGUUUGUUCCUGGCGGGCUGCUUGACCACCAUCAUCCCCGUGUCGUGGACGGCUCACGCGAUCAUCCAAGACUUCUACAACCCUUUGUUGCUCGACGCCCAACGCAGAGAGCUCGGGGAGGCCCUUUAUAUCGGAUGGAUCACUUCUGCGUUGCUCUUCUGCGCCGGGGUGAUUCUGCUGUGUCGACAUGCACCUCGCACACAAGACAAAGUGGACAUGAAUGCUGUGAUGUAUCGUGCCGGAUCGGUCCCGUAUAACUACUCCUACAGGCCCGGAUAUGGAUACCCGUACGGACAACCCGCAUAUCAACCAGCCUAUUCUUCUGUUCCACCCUCAGUCUAUAACCAGCCAAGAUAUUAAAACACACACAGUGAGUGUGGCACUUUAACACUAAAAUCUCCCAUAGAGACUCCAGUGUAGAAAUAACUUGAGAUGGGAAUGGACAUUCAGAAGAAAACAGGAGCCUAUUUGUUGAUAAUAUAUGACUGUAUAUGUGAUGCUUGAUGCAUUUCCUUCUUGCCUGUAUUAUAAAAUGAUGUUCGUAAUUUACAUUUGUACAAAAAUAGGAUGGAAUGUGCUAAAUUUAAAAACAGAAACGUGGGAUAUUUCCACAUAGCAUUUAACCGAUUUUAAUGUAGACCUUUUUUUUUUUUUUCACAGCACUGGUUUGACUUUAAUCGUAUUAAAAAUAAAUGUGUAAAAAGAACUGUGGAUGUACUGGUUUCUGGUCUUUAGUCUCAAAACAUUCCUUUCCUGGAUCUGGCGGCAUGAUUUUGCUGUUUUUUCAGCUUAGUUUUGGCAAUGCUGGUCGAACCAGUUCAGGUGGUUUUCCAAUGUUUGUUUCUCUUGUGUUGUCAGAGGAAAUGUUCCACAACCUCAAAAUGUCACACCCCUAAUGCAAAUUUACCAGCAGACAUGAGUGACAAUGACUUUGUGUUUGUGUGACAAAUAAAGAUGUGCAGGUGA